AUGGACUCCAAUAUUAACAACAGCAACAGCCCACUGCCAAAAGACCGUGCCGCUGCAUAUACUUUGGUCUAUAUGAGUAUUUGUCUCACUUGUGUCAUAUGGCAAAUCAUGAAUGCCAUAACCCUGGUACACAGAUCAAGAAAACUGCUCCAUUUUGCCGUGUUGGCCGAAGUUCUCCUAGCAUUUAUUGUGAUAUUGUGUAGUCUACUCAAUCCAUUAGCAGACCUGAGCUGCGAUGUGCGAUACUGGGUUUCUAUUAUUGCUGUCAAUCUUGGAGGAUGCUGUAUACAAAGUAUUCUUUUGUACAAAGCCUAUAUAUGCUAUGACCAUGCAAAAUGGCUGCUCUGGGUGGGCUCUUUUAUCAAUUGCGGUUAUCUUGCUUUGAUCUUUCUUUAUGCAACAUUGGGCAAAGUACCCUCCUACAGAGAUUCCAUGGGCAAUUGUUUGAUGGAAAAUCUCGAAUGGCCAGCCAUUGCAAAACUUGGAUUGGAUAUUGCAAGCAAUGCGUUCUUAUCAGUCGCUUUUUUGAUGGUGAUCUAUCGCCAUUAUCGCCUCUUCGGAAACAGCUUACACAAGUCAUUGUUAGCGAGCGGCACCAUCUUCUCAGUGGGCGUCAUUGCUUCCAACAUUGUCACUGGUAUUCUGAUUGCAUGCAAAGCGAUGGGUGGACUAUCAGCUGACUUGUAUUCAUUUGAUUGGGUAAUUACAGGUUAUCUUUUAAUCAAGCAAUUCAAACGUGACAAGGCCAAGUCCAAUGAAAACGACCAGAUGAUCUCGAAAACAAUGCAAAGUGACAUUGGAAGCACACUAUCACGCAAUAGCCGAGAUGAACACGUUCGCGAAUUACAAGGGCUAGAGGCUCUUUCGAUGGCUCGUUGCCGCAAUUGCACAAAUCUCAUUUAUCCAGACACUGAAAUCAUUAAUAUCAACCAUGCAUCCAAAUCGUAG